ACUAGCUCAAACCGGAUUGGAUCCCCCUCUCGGUAUAUUUUAUCCCUUAUCCUACCAACCUACCAGGAGGAGUAAACCCCCGCCCCUUGCUUCCAGUGAUUGGCUUUGAGGUUGGAUGUGUGCCCGAGACAAGGGAAAUACACUGCAGGAAAACCGGGUAGUGUUAUAAGCGCCACAGCUGCAACAAGGAGGCUGACUGGAGGGAGGAGAGGAAACAUGGCCACCGGGUAUGCGUGGUUCCUUGUGCUGGGCUCGGUUUUUCUGUGCAAUCUCAUGAAAACACUCCUGCCGACCAUAUCCUCUUUCCUCUCAAAAAUGGUGCAGAAAGAUGCUGAGCAAGAGAGCGAGAUGAGGGCUGAAAUACAGGAGAUGAAGAAGGAGCAGUCCUCCAUUAGCAUGAUGGAUGAGUUUGCUAGAUAUGCCAGACUGGAGCGCAAAAUCAACAAGAUGACAGACAAGCUGAAAACACAUGUGAAAUCAAGAACAGCGCAACAAGCCAAGAUGAAAUGGGUUGUGAACAUUGUCUUUUAUAUACUGCAGGCUGCUGUGAUGAUCUCCUUGAUAUGGAAGUAUUACUCUGAUCCAGUGACAGUGGUCCCCAGUAGAUGGAUUGCCCCUGUGGAGCGCCUUGUGGCCUUCCCAACAGGAGUGGCAGGUGGAGUGGGAAUCACAUGUUGGUUGGUGGUUUGCAAUAAAGUAGUUACACUUGGUCUCAACGCCGUCAGCUAGAGAUUACAGCUGUGAUCACAAACGUUAAACACAUUGUUCUCCUAACUUGUUGCUCAACAUUUUGUCGAUGAAAGCUGCAGUUUGUUCCAUUAUUUUUUUGUCAGCUGCUCCAGGUCAACUUGUAAAAAUGCAUUGCAUUUUGGUGUUGGCCGUCUCAAUCUGCAACAUAGUAAUUUGGUGUUGUUGAAUUUUGUUAUGAUAAUUUUGUCUUAAGUUAAUUGUGAGAAUUUUUUGACUGUAUAUUAUUUCUACAUGUAAUGAAAAACACUGGAAUGCUUUUUUAAUAAAAGAUAA